AUGUCCUGCUCUCGGCACCCCAGCACCUUUCCUGCCCACUGCCGCGCUGCGCAACAAGGGUUUGAUUUGUAUCCCAAAAUAUGUGCACCGGGGGAGCGACUGUACAAUGAGCUGCCCCAAAGCCUUUUCCAGCAGGGUGGAUUGACAAGCCACUACAAAUACAGCAGUCAAUGCGGUCUUCCAGCGGAGCUCUCGCCCCGCGCCUGA